GAGAGGGCCAAGUCGACGAUGGGAGAAGGACGAGUAGAGUUUAGAUCAUGUGACUUGCUGCUAUUGUGGGUGUUCGCACCCGCAACUGUAGGCGCGUAUGUGUUUGUAAACCUCGAGGAGAAGCCAAAACAAAAGCAACGGGAGAUUCAACACAGUCCUCGAUCGGCAGAGUUGGAAAAAAGAGACCAACGAUGCUUCCGCAACUCUCAGGUCUGCAGCUACGGCAAACGCUGGUUCAGGCGCUGAACUUUUGCCUGGUACUGACGACUGCGUACAUGUUUUGGAAAGGAUUGUCAGUAGUGACUGAUUCGCCGUCGCCUAUCGUCGUCGUCUUGUCGGGCUCGAUGGAGCCGGCUUUCCAGCGGGGCGAUAUUUUGUUUUUGUGGAAUCGGGAUGCGAGGGUGAAGGUGGGGGAUAUUGUGGUGUAUAACGUCAAGGGGAGAGAUAUUCCGAUUGUGCAUCGCGUCGUGCGGAAUCAUGUUUCAUCAAAAAAACAGCUACUAUUAACAAAAGGCGACAACAACGCAAUGGACGACGUCGAUCUCUACUCCUACAAACAGUACUACCUAGAUCGGGAGCAGGAAGUAGUCGGCGCUGUCAAGGGCUAUAUUCCUAUAGUGGGAUAUGUUACAAUUCUUUUGAGCGAAAAUUUAUGGGCAAAGUACGCAUUGUUGGGCGGCAUGGGGCUUCUGGCUAUGGUGCAGAGAGAUUAGAGGGGUCAGGUUGGUGAGGGCGGAUAUCUAUGAACCUGAGACUAUGGCCCUGUGAGCUCUGUUUCUAUAGACAGCCGAAUG